AUGGGCCCAGCCGCGAGGCUGGCGGCGCUGCUGGCGGUGCUGGCGCUCCGGGCCGAGGACCCGGCGGGGGUAGCGGCGCGAGAGGACACGUUCUCGGCGCUGACCUGCGUGGCGCGCGCCCUGGCGCCCGAGCGCCGGCUGCUGGGGCUGCUGCGGCGCUACCUGCGCGGGGAGGAGGCGCGACUGAGGGACCUGACCAGGUUCUAUGACAAGGUGCUUUCACUCCAUGAGGACCCAGCAGCCCCUGUGGCUAACCCUCUGCUUGCCUUUACUCUCAUCAAACGGCUGCAGUCUGACUGGAGGAAUGUGGUACAUAGCCUGGAGGCCAGUGAGAACAUCAAAGUUCUUAAGGAUGGUUAUGAGAAGGUGGAACAAGACCUCCCAGCCUUUGAGGACCUUGAGGGAGCAGCACGGGCCCUGAUGCGGCUGCAGGAUGUGUACAUGCUCAAUGUGAAGGGCCUGGCUCGAGGUGUCUUUCAGAGAGUCACUGGCUCUGACGUCACUGACUUGUACAGUCCCAGACGGAUCUUCUCCCUCACAGCAGAUGAUUGCUUCCAAGUAGGCAAGGUGGCCUAUGACAUGGGGGAUUACUACCAUGCCAUUCCAUGGCUGGAGGAGGCUGUCAGUCUCUUCCGAGGCUCUUAUGGGGAGUGGAAAACAGAGGAUGAAGCAAGCCUAGAAGAUGCCUUGGAUCACUUGGCCUUUGCCUGUUUCCAGGCAGGAAAUGUUUCGUGUGCCCUGAGCCUCUCCCGAGAGUUUCUUCUCUACAGCCCAGAAAAUAAGAGGAUGGCCAGGAAUGUGUUGAAAUAUGAAAGGCUCUUGGCAGAGAGCCCCCACCAGGCUGUAGCUGAGACUGUCAUCCAGAGACCCAGAGUACCUCACCUGCGGACUAGAGACACAUAUGAGGAGUUGUGUCAGACCCUGGGCUCCCAGCCCAUUCAAUACCAGAUCCCUAGCCUCUACUGCUCCUAUGAGACCAAUUCCAGCCCCUACCUGCUUCUGCAGCCCAUCCGGAAGGAGAUCAUUCACCUAGAGCCCUAUGUUGCUCUCUAUCAUGACUUUGUCAGUGACUCAGAGGCUCAGAAAAUUCGCGAGCUUGCAGAACCAUGGCUCCAGAGAUCAGUGGUGGCAUCAGGGGAAAAGCAGUUGCAAGUGGAGUACCGUAUCAGCAAAAGUGCCUGGCUAAAGGACACUGUUGACCCAAUGCUGGUGACCCUUGACCACCGCAUCGCAGCCCUCACAGGCCUUGAUGUCCAGCCUCCCUACGCAGAGUAUCUCCAGGUGGUGAACUAUGGCAUUGGAGGGCACUAUGAGCCUCACUUUGACCAUGCUACGUCGCCAAGCAGCCCCCUAUACAGAAUGAAGUCUGGAAACCGAGUUGCAACAUUUAUGAUCUAUCUGAGCUCAGUGGAAGCUGGAGGAGCCACGGCCUUCAUCUACGCCAACUUCAGCGUGCCUGUGGUUAAGAAUGCAGCACUAUUUUGGUGGAACCUGCAUAGGAGUGGUGAGGGGGAUGGUGACACACUUCAUGCUGGCUGUCCUGUCCUGGUGGGAGAUAAGUGGGUGGCCAACAAGUGGAUACACGAGCAUGGACAGGAAUUCCGCAGACCCUGCGGCUCCAACCCAGAAGACUGAAGAUUCCCCAGAGCAGCUGCGGAGUCUCGUGUCCAGGAGCCAAAAACUGGAGAAGGAGAACCAGGGGAGAGCAGCCUCCUGAAAGAGGCAUUUGACCAUUCCUUGAAAAUGGAAGGCUAGGAGCCUUCACCGGGGACCCCUGAGAAGUUAAAUUUGUUUCUGGUCCAGCCACAAGAGUCAUAGGAGAAUGGACAGUACAAAUAAGGGGUCCAUGGAGGCGUGGGAGAGAAGCUUCUAGAACUCAGUCUGUGUUAGGAAUAGAAUUUACCCACAGUCUCUAGGGUUUGGGCUUUCAGAGUUUUUGCCACUCUGACCACGGGGACCCAGAAGUGGCAGUGAGGACACCUGCAGAAGUCAGUCCGAUCCCUAAGACUUUUGUCCUUCUCCCCACUGACUUCUGCUGUAGCCUGAGCUGGGAGUGUGUCUGACUUGGAUGUGCACCCCAUGCAAGAAGUACAUCAUUUGGUGAUUUUUUUUUUUUUAAGUAGAGAGCAACUUUUAUGUGAUGAUUUUUUUUUAGUACAUUAAAAAUUU